AUGCCGGACUUCAAGUUGGCAGUGGACAAGAACAACAAGGCAACAGAAUUGGCGUUGCUUCGCGUAUGUGGCACGGUUCAGCAGAAUCCGCACAUGAGGGCAUUCUGGGCUUCCACCAUUUCCUGCUUCCUAGCCUUCUUGGGCUGGUUUGCCCUGGCACCUUUGGCGCUCGAGGUGGCCACCAGCAUGGGCACGUGUGAGAAUCAACUUUAUCCACCAGAAGACAACCCCAAGCGGGUGGCCUACCUGAAGUACAAGUCACUCAAGACAGGUGGAUGCAAUAUCACGACAAGUACAACAACAACCUCAUGGGCAUGCUACCACUGGUGCCAGGUUUGCCAGUUGCACUAA